AUGGCUUCUGGUUGUUGUGGGGCAAAAAAGCAAAAACUAAAUAAUCGCAAGUGUCCUUGUAAUACAAUGAAUGGUACUGAAAAUACUAACAACAUUCAUCAUAGUGAAAUGGUGGCUCAUCCUGAUAUGGGCUUUUUCUGUUUCGACGUUUUGUACUGCCAUUUAACUAGUUUAGAACCUCCGAAAACUCCUGAUUUCUGCAACGAUCCAUAUCCUUUGUUUGUGACAUGGUCAAUGGGCAGAGAUCGGAGAUUGCGGGGUUGUAUUGGCACAUUCAAUGCAAUAAAUUUACACAACGGUCUUCGAGAAUAUGCUAUUACUAGUGCAGUGAAGGACACGCGCUAUCCGAUCACACGCGACGAGCUGAGCAAGCUGCACGUGUCGGUGUCCAUUCUGCGCCACUUUGAGGAUGGAAACUACACGGACUGGCAGGUGGGCGUGCAUGGCAUCCGCAUCGAGUUCCACAACGAGAAGGGCAACAAACGCACUGCCACCUACCUACCCAGGUUGCUCCCGAACAAGGUACACUGA